AGAUUGUUGUCAAUACACUCGGGCUAGCCGUUAGCGCUUUGCUAGACGCUUGGAUUUUCUGCGCCAGCGUACUUUGGUCCAGCAGGAUGUUAUUAUGGAUUGGGGCCCAGUUCUGCCAGACAGCCUGGUGUUGGAGAUUUUCCUGCGUCUGCCACACGAGGCAGUGCUGAGAGCUGGUCUGACCUGCAGACAGUGGCUAGCUGUUUCCAGAGAUGAGUUCCUGUGGAGGGAGUUGUUCUACAACUACUAUCGCAUCCCGCGCUGUGUUCCCCGACACCCAGCCGCCGUGUCGUGGUGCAGAGAGUUUAAGCGCCUGUUUGACUGUAUUCCCUGUGUGGAGGUACAGACACUGAGAGAACACACUGACCAAGUUCUACACUUGGCGUUCUCUCACAGAGGACACAGGUUCUCCUCCUGCUCCAAGGACUGCACUGUUAAGCUGUGGGACACGCAGCGUCCAGAUGGGAACAUCGCCGUAGAGCACAGCUGCAGCAUGCGGCAGUUCAACUGGGGUUACACUCAGUUCUCUCAGUUCAACGCAGACGACAGCCUGCUGCUGGUGUCUGGGGUUUACCUGGGCCCACACCCCUCCUCCUCGGGGGAAAUUGCAGUCCUCAGUCUGGAAAACUACACGUUGUUGUCACGGGUGAGAAAUAAGCCGUACGACGUGUUUGGCUGCUGGCUGAAUGAAACCCACCUCAUCUCUGGGAACCUGCACUGGAUCGGCAACAUGACGUCGUGCUCCGUGCUGUGGCUCAAUAAAGCUUUUCAGGAUAUCGAAUCGGAGAACGUCAACGUGGUCAAACGCCUCUUCAAAAUCCAGAACAUCAACGCCAGCACCAUCCGCACGGUGAUGGUGGCCCACUGCCGACGCCAUGACAAUCCAGAUCUGGUGCUGGAUUACGAGGCUCAGUCUCAGGCUCAGAGGCAGAAGAAUCAACUCAAGCAGCAGCAGCAGCCCCUCCUCUUCGACCUGGGGACAUCUGGCAGCGAGGAGGAAGACGAGGAAGACGAGGAGGAGGAGGAGAUGAGUCAUACGGAGGAAAGGUAUCAUAACGUCACGACUCCCAGACACCCCAACGCUGGCUUCUCCACCCUGGACCAUGUCCUACAGAACCGUCAGAAUGUGGACACCAGGGAGCUGCAGAUUGAGACACAGGUGGCCAAGAUGAUGGGCAGAGCCCGUACGAAGGCCCCCGACUCCAGGCUGACGGAGCCGUGUGAGGACGGAGAGGAGGAAGAGAAAACGUACUUGCUCUUCACCACCGGAAGCCUCACGUACUCCCCUCACCAGAUAGGUAUUAAGCGGAUCAAACCGGACCAGAUGACGACGUGUGGUCCAGUUCUGGGCGAGGAGCGGAGCUCAGAGGAGUUCUUUGAUUCCCUGGACCAUGUCAUCGAUAUCCACGGACAUAUCAUUGGGAUGGGCCUCUCUCCAGACCACAGGUACCUCUACGUGAACAGCCGGGCCUGGCCUGCUGGAUGCGUGAUCUCUGACCCCAUGUCUCCGCCUCCCAUCGCCGAGGAGAUCGACCUGCACGUCAUCGAUCUGAAGAGCCUGAGGGAGGAGAGGCGCAGCCUGAGGGCCCACCGGGCCUUCACACCCAAUGACGAGUGUUUCUUCAUCUUCCUAGACGUCAGCAGAGACUUCGUCGCCAGUGGAGCCGAGGACAAGCACGGCUACAUCUGGGACCGCCACUACAACAUCUGCCUGGCGCGUCUGGCUCACGACGACGUGGUGAACUCCGUGGCCUUCAGCCCGGCUGACCAGGAGCUGCUGCUGUCGGCCAGCGAUGACUCUACCAUCAAGGUAUGGCGUUCACCACGCAUGGUUCGCCUGGCGCAGGCCCCGGCUCGUCCGCCCAGGCCCAGAAACCUCUGGUCGUGCUGGCUGAGCCGCACCAGGAACUCCUCAUCCUCCAGCUGCGUCAAUGGAAAACCAUGAGUCAGGUUGGAAAACGCACGCGAUGGGAAUCGAGGCAGGAAGAGGAAAUUGUGAUCAGAUUGUCCUCUGUGGUAUGAAUAUGUAUAUAUGCAUAUAUGUAUGUAUAUAUUCACUCCAUGUGAAUGAGCUCUGCACCUGCUUCAAGUGACCGAAGGGGGGAGGUUGGAGUCGGACACCAGAGGGCGCUGUGGCGCCAGUAACCGACACGGUAUGUCGCUGUUACGUUAGUUAGUCCAAUCACAAAUACAGAGUUUACACGUUUGCACCAGGAGGAACGUUG